UGGUGGCGCUAGAGGGUUCCAGAGCUUUUAUUUCAACGAUUUCUGGCUGUUUGCAGCAGAGUUAAUCGUUUUACGGCUGUGUAGGGGUCUGCCGUAAAGCGUGACGCCGGAGAAAGGUGAAGGUCUCUGAUAAAAACAACAAAAUAGGCGCCAUGCCCUUCGUGGACAUUCAGUCGCGGCUCGGCAUCAACGUUGACCGCUGGAUCCUGCUGCAGAGCGGAGAGCAGCCCAACAAGCGGCCAGCACGCUGCCACGCCUUCGAGAAGGAGUGGGUCGAGUGCUCUCAUGGCAUCGGACAGACGCGCGCAAAGAAAGAAUGCCAGCAGGAGUUUGAGGACUUCUAUGAGUGCAUGCACCGCCAGAAGACGCACCGCCGUCUGUAUGCCAUCCGGCAGCAGCGCGACAAGAUGAUAAAGGAGGGGACGUACACGCCGCCUGCGCAUCACACGGGAAAAGGGAAUGUGGACCCCUGAGCGGGCGCGGAUGUCCACAGAUUAAGUGUAUUGUAUAAAAAAAACGAGGAUCAUCUUCACUGUCCAAAUGUACCAGUUUGAAAAUAAAAAGCAUCAUGUGCGGUCC